CUGUUCAGGGCCCGAGGAGUCACAUGACCGUCACCGUCCACACAGCAGUGUGGAGCGAGAGCGCAGUGGAGUCUACGAAGUUUAUUUUAUAGAAAAUAAGUUAUUAAACCUCGACCUACAAAGAAAUAUAAUGGCGGCCACAUCGUUUGUAAUAGCUAUGUCAGUUAUGACUUUGUUUUGGGGUCUUAUUGGUGGAGUUAUUCCCUGGUUUAUUCCUAAAGGACCGAAUCGAGGAGUCACUGUGACGAUGCUGGUACUAACUGCAGUCUGUUGCUACCUUUUCUGGCUGAUUGCUAUUCUAUCACAGCUGAAUCCGUUGUUUGGACCAGUACUGAGCAAUGAUACCAUCUGGUACCUCAAUCAACACUGGCCGUAGGGUCCAGUUGUUUCUUUACAAAGCAGAUGCCUGAAACUUGUACAUUGCCAAAACCAUCGGGAAACUCUAUUUAAUUGAAGCUUUACAUGCUGUUCUCUCACUCAAAGAAUGACUACCACGUGUUUUUGUUGUUUUGUUUUUUUUAAUUUGAUUUCAUGUUCAAGGAAAUAAUAUGCAAUUUAAUCUUAUGUGUGUAUAUGUACAUCACCUUUGUCUGUGUCUAGAUUGAGUGUUGUUGGUUAUUGUUGGACAAAUUAGCCGUCCCAUUCGCGCAUGUAUGAUUUUGAAUGUCAAAUAAAAUUAAGAAUGAGAA